AUGUUCUACUCAGAGACGCUCCUCCAGAAGAGCGGGCCUCUGGCCCGCGUCUGGCUCUCCGCGAAUAUGGAGCGCAAGCUGUCCAAGAAUCAUAUUUUACAAUCUAAUGUCGCCGACAGUGUAGAUGCUAUCAUGCAGCCUCACCAAGCCCCAAUGGCGCUUCGUCUUAGCUCACAGCUUCUGAUUGGUGUUGUCAGAAUAUACCAGCGCAAGACGCGCUAUCUGUUGGACGACUGUAAUGAAGCUAUGAUGAAGAUCAAAAUGGCCUUCCGAUCAACUGGAAACAAUGACUUAGCAGCAGCUCUUCAGGUUCCCAACCGUGAAGCCCUGCUUCUUCCUGAUCGUAUUACGCCCUACGACAAUCUGGACCUCCCACCUCCCCCGGACGCAUCCUGGCUCCUCUCACAGACUGACGAUGUUGCCACCCAUGUUGUUGGUCGCAAGGGUCGUGUCAGCAACCGAGAAAUUAAUCUGCAGGAAGAUUUCGACAACAGCCAAUUCUUGCAGGGAGCCUCUGCGCCCGAGGAGGAUGCACUCGACAUUGACGGCCUGGACCUUGACCUGGAUUUUGGCCUCGACAACGACGACCUCUCGCAGAGCAUUGAAAUUGGCCGAGAUGCCCCUGCGGCUCGUCCUGUCGAUGAUGACAUUUUCAGCGAGUUGGAUGGCGGUAUGAGACUGAAGGAUGGCGCUGAGGGAGACCACACCAUUGAUGAUGGUGUGCGAAUUGCUGACACUGAUGGUGAUAUCGCUAUGGGCGACGACUUCCACUUCAACCCAGACGAUCAGUCUGCCAUGCCAGAAUUGCACACCGCUCCAGAUAUCAACCGACAGCGCAUUUCUGAGUCACCACUCUCAGAUAUUGAUGAAGCUUUUGCCAAGGAGAUUGAAGAUGAAUACACCAGCCAUCAUCAAACUGAUCUUUACGAACCUGACGAGGAUGCUGAGCACACUCUCGUCCGACGACCUGCUCAACGCGUCAAGAAGCAAAAGGUCUUGAUGCCUGACGAGGAAAUCACCUUGUCAAGCUCCCAUAUCAAGCAGCAGCAAAAUGAUCGGACCAACAUCCUGCGAGACGCCACGUUUUUGCCCAGCGACCCAUUCUUGUUGGCUCUUAUGGAUAUGCAGAAGCAUGGCGGCUUUGUAUCAUCAGUCAUGUUGGAGGGACGUGGAACCGGCUGGGCUCCUGAACUUCGCGGUAUGCUAUCGCUCGAUGCUGCUCGUGGAGCUGUCGAGCUUAAGCGCAAGCGCGACAGCGGCAUCGCUGAUGUCGACAGUGAUCAUGGAAACCCUAAGUCUCCCCGCCUGGAGCUUGGAGAUGAUGAUGAGACGGCUCUUGGUGGCAGGGAAUUUGGUAAUCAGAGUGUGGCUGCCGAUGGCACGAUUCUUGAGAUUCCUGGUGAUGAUGGCCAUAUGCUUGGAGGAGAUGAUGAAUCAGCUCUGCCUGGCUUUGAUGAGACGACAGCACCAUUGGUGCAUCCUGCAGACAGCGGCCCCGUUUCCCUAGGCACUAAGCAUGCCGUCCACAUCCUCCGCGACCUCUUCGGCUCCGAGGCUGCUACCGAUGACGAGAAGCGAAAACAGUCUUCUGUUGUUUUCCAGGACUUGAUCCCCGAAAAGCGGGCAACCAAAGCGGAGGCUACCAAGAUGUUUUUCGAGUGUCUCGUGCUCGCGACGAAAGAUGCCAUCAAAGUCGAGCAAGGACCCGAUCUUGGCGCUCCAAUUCGGGUUCGUGGAAAGCGUGGUCUAUGGGGAGCCUGGGCCGAGCGUGAAGCUGGCGGCGAAAUCGCACACCAAGAAGAAGAGGAGGAGCAACAACAGCAUGUGGCACCAACCGGUGCCCCUGUGGUAGCCGUGGAAGCAUGA